AUGUCAUUGGAAAAAGAACCAAACAGCGUUGAAUCCAUAUUGAAACGUUUGAAUGAAAAAGAUUUCAAACAAGUUUGGAGAAUUUUGUAUGGAGAUGGCACAGAAGAAUUGAAGAUGUCUGAAAAAUGUUUGAAACUGGCUACGCGUUACAAGGUUGAACUGGUAUCCUGCAAAUUCAGAAAAAUCCAAGAUGAACAAAUUAGAAAUACAAGAAUGGUGAAAGUUGGACUUUUUCAGCAGAAGUUACCUGUUCCAUUGACCAAUCCUAUACGUCGAGUCAAAAUGGCAAUGUAUACUUUAGCUAUGGAUGCCAUAAAAGUGGCGGCUAAAGGAGGAGUGAAUAUAUUUUGCCUACAACAAGCCUGGAGUAAAAAAGGUUUUUCACGAUUUUUGAUGUUAUCUUUCCAGACUGAAUAUGGGAAAAUUGCUGUUAAUAUCUGUUAUGGCAGACAUAACCCCUUAAACUGGAUAGGCUUUGCAUUGAAUGGAGCAGAAAUUGUAUUCAAUCCUUGCGCAGCUAUAGGUGACUACAACGAACCACUGUGGGGUAUCGAAGCAAGAAAUGCUGCCAUUGCUAACGGAUACUUCGUAUGUGCCAUAAACAGAGUUGGGACAGAAAUAUACGAACACGAAUAUGAAGAUGAAGAAGGAAACAAAGAGUUUCACAAAGACUCGGGACAUUUUUUUGGAUCUACAUACGUGGCUGCACCUAAUGGAACAAGAUCUCCGGGACUGUCUCGUACCAAGGAUGGUUUGUUGAUAGCCGAGUUCGAUUUGAAUAUGUGCCGACAAAUUAAAGAUGAGAGAGGAUUUGAUGUAACACAAAGACUUCAAUUAUACCAGGAACUUCUCUCCAAUAUAACGAAGACAGAUUUCAAGCCACAAAUAAUAAAGAAACGUUGAUUUUU